AUGUCGGCGCAGUUGGCCGGCAAACGGCAAUCGGGGUCUUUGGCGAUUUGCGGUUUACUCGCGCCGCUUACCGGCCUCGUGACUUCGGGGAGCUGUUUCCAGAUCGCCGGAGUUCGUCACGCCACCAGCAGUGGAGCGACCGAGCGCCCCGGGAUGCCCGCGACCAAUGACGUGAUAAUGGCCCGGUUUACGGCCCGCCCGUUCACG